AGUGCCUCAAAGCUAGCCAACCCCUUCCACUCAGGAUCUCUAUCAGGACACAACAGCCCUUCCCUUUUGUUCACACGAUAGCCACUGAUUGCUUAAGGGCUACUGAGACUUACCUCUUUCUGACCUCCCUCCUGGACUUGCACAUGGUGCUUUCAGUCUGACUUUUCCAGUGGUCAGUAAGUGAUUUCUACGUUGAUUACCCAGGUUGUUUCUGGCCUGUGGGGGGACUACUGCUGAACUCUGCAUCUGAAGGAGUUCAUUACCAUAUGAUGAUGACCAAAAGCAGUAGCUGUUCUGCUUUAUAAAACUGGAAAGUUCAGAAUAUGAAUAGGAGUUUGAGAAAAUACCUGGGUAAGAAAAAGUAAAUUCAGACCGAGAGCAGUCCACAAACCUCUCUUGGCCUCUAUCAAAGGAGUUGGAGGGGAACACAGCUAUGGGCUGGGGGACUAGUUACAUCACAAUCACCUGGGGUCGUUGUUAAAGAUUUCAUGUUUCCCUUCUUGACUUGAAUUCUGAAUCAAUCUCCUGGAUGGGACUGUCCCUAUAUUCUCUUAGCAACAACCCAGGUGAUGGUGAUGGGCACCUAGCAUCUCCUAUAGCUGAUCAUCUUUUCUGAUGCUAAGAGGGCAAGCUUCCCUGUUGACUUGCUUGGAGGAGCUUGGAGCAACUAAAAGUGGGAACCAAGAGAAGCAAGGCCCUUGGGUGGCUGAAGCCCUUCUCCCUGAGAUGAAGAAAUAAAUGAAGAAAUCCAGGGGAAGCAUGAGGAGAAACGCUGACGAAGACCCCAAGAAGCAACUGAACCAAGAGACUAUGAAUGGACCUGGCCAAAAUCCAGAUGAUGGAUUACUGGUUACACCUCUUAAUCAGACGCAGGACUUACUGGGGCUGCAGGGGAGUAAGACCUGGCCUUCAGCUUCUGAGGACCCCGAAGAUUGGCUUUCGAAUCACAAUCUAGAGUUUCAGAAACUCACCUUGGCUGACCUGAUAAAACAGGGCACAGCUGUGCUGGAGGAAGGCAGCAAUGUCAUGCAGAAAAUCCGCUUCUCCACUCAGACCAUCUGCCAUUUUGAAUCCAAGCUUUCUGAAGCUAUUGGACUCUAUCAGCACAGAAUUCGGUGGCUCACCGAAAACAGCAAUAAGGCAUUUGGCCUCAUUAAAGGGACCAGAGUAGGCAUCCUCAUUGACGCGUCGGCAGUGGGCAAUGGCCCUCAGAGGGAGGAGUUCCAGAAUGACCUGGGGAGGCUCAUUGAAGAGCAGCUGAGCCACAAGGAGAAGCUGUAUGUCCUGUCUUUCGGUGCCACCACCAGCUUCCUCUGGCCAGACUCCAUGGAACUCAGUGUCUCCACCCUCCAGGAACUCAAACUCUGGGUAAAGAAACUGCAGCCUGAGGGAGGCAGCAAUUUGCUUCGAGCCCUGAAGAAAAUCUUUACUCUGAAGGGGCUGAAUUCUCUGGUGAUCAUCAUGGGCAGCUGCCCUGAUCAGUCUUCUGAUAUCCUGUCUGACUACCUGCAGCAGGCCACCAUAGGAAGGGGCCUCUUCAUCCACGUGGUUACCUACAAAUGUGAUAGUCAGCUGCCUCUCGCUGUCCUGAAGAACCUUGCAGAAGCCCUUGGGGGAUAUUACCACUGCUACAGCCCGGAUGCAGAGCUCUGUGCCAGCCGGGAUGUGGAUGAGCUCCUGGCAGAAAUGCAGAAAGCCCAGAGCCUUCUCAGCCAAGUCCAAGCCCUACGCCGGAGCAGCCCAUGGGAGGAGCCAAGCUGCAUGUGGACGGAGAAAUGUCCAGAGCAGGAGACCCAGGUGACACCUUUGAUCUUCCAGAUUUCUACAGAGAUUGCAAAAGGAUCACUUGCAAGUCUGCUACCUAAGCCUCCAAAGCAUCAAGCUCCUCUCACAAUUGAGUUCCCCAACUUGGACAAGACGUCUGCAGAAUGGCUCAAGGUCAACAGUCUGAAAGCCAAAAAGUUAAGCCUUUAUCAGGUUCUGGCACCCAAUGCAUUUUCUCCUGUGGAGGAAUUCGUGCCUAUCCUCCAGAAAACAGUAUCAUCAACUAUCCAUGAGAAGGCAAUGGUACAAUUUGAAUGGCAUGAUGGGACAGUGAAGAAUAUUCAUGUGGAUCCGCCCUUCCUCUAUGAGUACCAGAAACAGCUCAGCAGAGCCGUGCGGAUAUUUGAGAGGCGGAUUGAAUGGCUGUCUCUGGCCAGCAGACGAAUCUGGGGCACCGUCUGUGAAAAAAGGGUGGUUAUACUGCUGGAUAUCUCUGCGACCAAUUCCAUGUACAUUAUUCAUAUCCAGCACUCCCUGAGACUGUUGCUGGAGGAGCAGCUAUCCAACAAAGACCUCUUCAAUCUCAUCGCGUUUGGAAGCACAAUCGAAAGCUGGAGGCCUGAGCUAGUUCCCGUGAGCCACGACAAUUUACAGAGCGCCUGGCGGUGGGCCCUGACCCUGCAGUGUGGGGGCAGCAGAAAUAUCCUCAGUGCCCUGCGGAAGACUGUGGAAGUGGACUUCAAGGACAAGGACAAACACCAAUCACAGGGCAUCUACCUCUUCACGGGGGGCAUCCCCGACCAGGACAUGUGCAUACUGUGCGCCUACAUGGCAGAGGCAUGUAGUGGCUGUGACCUCCAGUUGAACGUGUGCCUCUUCUAUGUGAGUGAGCCCCGCAUGGACACCAUAGCUCCGGCCUGCUAUGCCAGCCGCAUCGACACAGCCAUUGCCUACAAGGAGGUUACCCGGGCUACUGGUGGCCGCUUCCACUGGUUUGGAGAGACAGGCAUUUAUGAGAGUGAUGACAUCAACUCCAUCGUAUCUGAAGUGGAAAAGGCUCUCAACUAUUCCCAAAAGUGUGCCCUCCUAGUGGCCUCCCUGAAGAACCACUCAAGAAAGGAGCUGGAAAGUGCAGCCCUCCCGAAAGAGAAGCCCAAGACACCCAAGCAAGGAAGCCAGACCAAGAAAUGCUGCCAGCCCAAGGCCACGGCCCCCGCAGCACCCAGAAUGAACAUGCAGGAUGGUCCUGACAAAGAGAAGAGUCCCUCGGUGAGAUCUCUGAAAUGGAAUCCACACAGUAACAGUGUGAGCAUUUCCCCAGCCCAGCCAGUGAAAGAAAGGACAAGCAAACAGCGAAGGAAAACCAAAGCAAUGGGUGCAGAGACCGCUGUCUCACUCUUCUAUACAGAAACAGGGAAUAAUGUGGGCUCGGUGUACAGAAAGUACCCUCUAGCUAAGAAUCUGAGAAGGAUUAACACUGCUUCAGUGGAGUUGCCCAGAAAGGAUGUGGUGUGUUCAAGCCAAGAGUGGGUAGCAAACUAUGGACUGAAAAAACUGAAGAUGGAAAUCUCCAGACACAUCGGUCCCAACUGCACUCAUCAAAAGUCAGCACAGGGGUCGGCAUCAACCAAAUACUGCAGCUGCCGUAUCUUCCCCAGCGUAGAAAUCAAGGGGGUGGUGAGACACAUCCAGUGGACGCUCAGGGAAAUGGAGGAAUACAUCUCGUGCCUGGAAAAGCUGAUGAGGCGCUACGUGCAAAGGCUGCAGUGGCUGCUGUCUGGGAGCCGCCGACUGUUUGGUGCCAUCCUGGAGAGCAAAGUGUGCAUUCUGCUGGACACCUCGGGGUCCAUGGGCCCACACCUGCAGCAGGUGAAGACAGAGCUGAUUCUGCUGAUUUGGGAGCAGCUGCGAAAGCAGUGUGACAGUUUUAACCUGCUCAGCUUUGCAGAGGGCCUUCAGUCAUGGCAGGACAGCCUGGUGGAUACCACAGAUGCCACGUGUCACAAGGCCAUGCAAUGGGUGACCCAACUGCAAGCCCAGGGGAGUACCUCAGUCUUGCAAGCAUUACUGGCAACCUUCAGUUUCCAUGGUGUGCAAGGACUGUACCUCCUGACCGAUGGAAAGCCAGACACGAGCCGCAGCCUCGUGCUCAGUGCGGUCCAAAGACUCAGAGAAGAAAGGCACGUGAGAGUGCACACCGUGUCCUUGAGCUGCACGGACCGAGCAGCCGUGGAGUUCCUCAGAAAAGUGGCAGCCUUCACUGGCGGGCGCUACCACUGCCCGGUCGGAGAAGACACGCUGAAGGCAAUGCAAGGCCUGCUCACCAAAGGCUUCGUCGAGGAUCAGGAUCCCCCGUUGCCGCUCUUUGAAGGAGAUGAUUUGAGAAGGUUGGCCCAGGAGAUCACCAAGGCCAGAAGCUUCCUCCGGCAGGCCCGGUCCUUCAGGUCACAACUCCAGAAAAAAAGCAACCCAGAAGCCAAGGUCACUGCUUGUUAGAGAAGUGUUCUCAGGAUUGUCCCCGGGAAGCCCGAUUCCUGCCCCAGGACUGAAGAAGGAAAAGCUUUGGUUGUUGUUAUCAUGAGGCCAUGCUCAGGUGAACCGUAACUCACCUUCCCUGUCCCC